CACUGCAUUGGUCAUAACACAGACAGUCGAUCCUCCCAAGUCAAGCAAGAUGGAGAACGGCACAGAGGGCAAGAACUUCUACAUCCCCAUGAACAACCGGACGGGGCUCGUGAGGAGUCCUUUUGAAUAUCCACAGUACUACCUCGGAGAUCCCAUCCAAUUCAAACUGCUGGCUGCCUACAUGUUCUUCCUGAUCUGCACUGGCUUCCCCAUCAACUUUCUUACUCUGUUGGUCACAGCUCAGAACAAGAAGCUCCGGCAACCUCUUAACUUUAUCCUGGUCAACUUGGCUAUUGCUGGACUGGUCAUGGUCUGCUUCGGAUUCACCAUCACCUUUGUAACUGCCAUCAAUGGCUACUUUAUUUUCGGACCGAUGGGUUGUGCCGUUGAGGGAUUCAUGGCUACCCUUGGAGGUCAGGUUGCUCUCUGGUCACUGGUCGUGCUGGCUGUUGAGAGAUACAUUGUCGUCUGCAAACCCAUGGGAAGCUUCAAGUUCACUGGAACCCAUGCAGGAGCUGGAGUAGUGUUCACCUGGAUCAUGGCUCUGGCUUGUGCUGCCCCUCCACUGGGUGGCUGGUCCAGGUACAUCCCCGAAGGUCUGCAGUGCUCAUGUGGACCCGACUACUACACCCUGGCUACAGGCUUCAACAACGAGUCAUACGUCAUGUACAUGUUCACCUGCCACUUCUGUUUCCCAGUUUUCACCAUCUUCUUCACUUAUGGCAGCCUUGUGCUCACAGUCAAAGCUGCCGCAGCUCAGCAGCAGGACUCAGAAUCCACUCAGAAAGCCGAGAGGGAAGUGACACGUAUGUGCAUCCUGAUGGUGCUGGGCUUCCUGGUGGCUUGGACCCCAUAUGCCAGCUUUGCUGCAUGGAUCUUCUUUAACAAGGGAGCUGCAUUCUCAGCCACAGCCAUGGCCAUCCCUGCCUUCUUCUCAAAGAGCUCAGCACUGUUCAACCCCAUUAUCUAUGUGCUGAUGAACAAACAGUUCCGUAACUGCAUGCUCUCCACAGUUGGAAUGGGAGGCAUGGUUGAGGAUGAGACCUCAGUAUCAGCCAGCAAGACAGAAGUGUCUUCUGUCUCUUAAAGCUAAGCACCUCACACCUCCCGACUUCCUCUUUUCUGAUGUCUUCCUGAUUUUGAAUGGCUGUCCUGGAAUGGAAAUGAACGAAUGGAUACCGGCGAAUGAUUUUCUUUUUCUGCCACAAAUGGACAUUGAUCUCAGAAAACAUGCCUACUGCAGCGUUUUUACUGUGCACAUUCUCAAUUUGUUUCGAGUCUGUGAUAAAAAAUUAAAAAAAAAAGCUGGACGCCAGCAUCAUAUCUCAGCUCAAAUAAUGGUGAUGGGUAUGAUUGGAUGUGCGAGUGGGUGAGAAUCAUCUUUGUAUAUUUAUGAUGUGGAGAGGUUAGCGUAUCUGUUGGCCUCCGUCAUAAUAUUCUGU